AGGAAACCGGUGCUUGACUGAGCGAACAAGAGAGACUAGUGCUGUCGAGCGCUAGUGUUUGUUACAAGAUGGCAGACGUGCCAUCCACAGGAGACGCGGCCAUCAACCUGAGGGACGACAAUCGCCGCGUAUCUCGGGAGCGGCAUAAACGCCUCUUGGAAUCAGCGUUAGAUUCCUCAAAAGUUUUUUGUUUCCCCAAGGAUACAUCGACAGUGGACGAAUUGUAUCAGUGCUUGAAUGUGCUUGACAAUGUGACUAGUGCUGGGCAGAUCAAGAGUUGUAACAAAAGCAGCAAUAACCAAAAAGUAAUAGUGCUAGUGGAGGAGGAGGAGGAGGAUUCUCUAAGUUUCACGCCAUCGAGCGAUAAUGAUGAUUGUCAAGACGUCGCGACAAACGAUGACAACGAUAGCAACUUGCAGCUCGACAACAAAGACGGCGGCAACGACGAGGACGACGACGACGACGACGUUGUUGUAAAUAAUAGACUCGCGAAUGGUGUCGAAUCGACAACAUUGCUGACAUCAUGGACAACGACGAGUGAUCUGAAAAAUGUGGACGGGUCGCGUGUGACAUUAGGCUUAGGCGAGUCUAAAGGGAGAAGUGAUCGAGUGAGAGAACGAAGUGCGGUCAAAAGUAUGGGCAAGAGUGUUUGCAUGAAGAGCAAUAAGAAGAAAAUAGAAAAAAUGAUUUCCGCAAUAGUGCGCAGUGAGUCGCGUGAAGUUGCUAAAGAGAAGCAAGAAGAUGUAACUAAGGACAAGAAAGGAUUGUCUCAAGGUCGAGUUGUAACAACCCGUUUACAGGAUACAUCCUUUAAGAAACAAAUCAAAUCCUCGGAAGACACACUCGUCGGGCCUUGCGGCAAGAAACGGUGCGCCGAUCGAUACGAUAGCUCCGAGAGCUCCGACAGUGGUGUGACGGUAUCAUAUGGUGAGAGUAGCAGCAGUGGCACAAGCGAUAUCACCGAGCCAGGGUCACCUUGCAGUACAAGUAGCGACGAAGGACUAGGAAUCCGCGGGGCCUCCGCGAGGCUCACUCUUCCAUCCUUGGGGUGCAAAAUGCCACCAUCUGUACCAGUCUUGAAUAACGAUUCCAGGCCUCAAUGGCCAUGGACCCCGUCACUUGCCAAAGCAGCGUGCACGACGUUUAAGAGACUAAAGGCGGAACCAGAGAUUGUCACCUCGUCUCGCGUCGAAUCGUCCUCCAGACAAGUCACCAAAACCACGGCCAAAGGUCUUCUUCACCAACAAGAAUCUCAAGGCAAAAUCACCGAAUACUUCAAGACACAAGUCAAGCCACAACAGCAGAAGACCAAGAAAGCGUCAGAAAUGUCUGUUCACGUAUCGAAAAAUUCAACCGAGUUCCGUCAUCCUUCCACAGUACAAAGAAACAAUAAAGGUGGCCUAUCUAAAUAUUUAUCGAAUAAACGAACAACAAAUGUGAAAGACUGGAACGUGAGGUCUCUGUCGAUGCCAACAACAACAACAAAGAAAUCGCCUCUCGUUCUUUUACCACGAAGUAUUGUCAAGUUGGAGCGAAAACUGCCAAAAUCAAUACCAACACUGCCUGUUUCAAAUGAUAUACUAUCCACACUGCCAAAUAGUAAAAUUUCGUCCCUCAGGUUAACUACGGAUGCGAGUUCCGUAAUUGAAAAGGGAAACACUGCCGCGUCUCUAAAAUCUUCAGAAGACAGUUCUGAAUCAACUAGUUUUAAGAGCAACAUUAUGUGCAUAAAUGAAAAUAAUAAUGUGAGCAAUAAUUUAUUAACUUCUACAAACACAAUAACUUCGCUGAUAUCGUCGCAAGGGGAUCAUCAUUUCGUGAGAAAUUCAAUAUCGAAUUUGAAUAAAAAGGAAGAGGAUGUUCUUCCUGAUGAGGAGGAAGACGACGAGGAGGAGGAUUCAUCGAGAGAUGGAAUUGAAACGAAGCCUCCACUGUCGCCGAUACUCUCGGCACCGACCACCAUCAGAUUUCCAGCGCAAACGCCCGACAAGGACAGAUCUCCAUCGGGAGGCAGUGGCUUCUGUCGAUGGGACAAGUGUGAAGCGAGCUUUGAAUCAAGUGGUUGUUUGCUCGAGCACUUACAAGUCGCGCACAUCAACACGCAAACUGGAGGCGAUAAUUUCGUGUGUCACUGGCAAGGUUGUAAGGUAAAAGGAAGAACAUCCUGCUCGCGAAGAUGGUUGGAGAGACACGUGAUGUCACAUGGAGGCAACAAACCAUUCCGAUGUAUAGUUGAUGGCUGCGGAAGUAGAUUCAGUUCUCAGAUUGCUUUGGAAAGACACGUCAAUGGCCAUUUCAAUCAACCAGAAACAAGUAAUAACAGCAGUAGGCGCAGCAUUGACAACAGUGGCAAGAUGAUGAGAAGAAAUGGCAAGCGACUCAGAUACAGAAGACAGCCUUGGUCUGCAAGACUAUUCGAUUAUUUUGAUACCGGCAUAAUGGAAGGACUUCAGCAUCGUCUACUGGAAUUAGCAAAAUCCAGAACUCAAGGAAAACUUGCUGAAACUCCAGGAAACUCUAUGACUUUAACAAGUCAGAUUUUAGCCAGAAGAGUUGAGAAAGAUGGAAAGAUGAAAUUUCUCUUACGGUGGUACCCUCAUGGCAUAAUAACUGAUGAAUGGGUAUCCGAAUCAGAGGUAAAAGGAACAAAACAAGUUGAAAUUCGCAAAAUGGCUACAGUGUGUCCCGAUGAAAUUAAUCAUGCUCUAUAUCCUGCUACUAAUAGUGAUAAAGCACCACAAACAAGGCGAAAACAUGGACGAAAACCAAUGAAAAACUCGUGAUGUCACUUCAAUAAAGCAGAACCUAACUGUUAUGUAAUUGCAAGAAAAGAAAAAUAUUUUGCCGAUGUUUUCUAGUCCUCAACCGACGAAUGAAUGUCAGAACAAAAAAAAGAAGAAGAAGAAGAAGAAAGAAAGAAAUUUGCAAAGAAAACUAAAGGACAAACAAAAUAGAGGCAAUAAAGAAAAGAAAAAGCAAUAUGUACGAUAGAACCUAAACAGCUAUAUUGCGUAAUUUCAUGAAAAAAAACAAAAAGAAUGAAGACUUAUUUAGUACUGUAUCGAACAAACAACAAAAGUACUGCUUAUUUAUAUACAUAGUGAACCUAAAGCUGACUGCAUCAAAAAAAGACAAUUUCAUCAAAUCAAGAUAACCUAAUGCAAACCAGCAACUUCAUGAAAUUCGAGCUCCACUUCGCAAGUGCCUCAUCAUAAAACGUUACAACAACAAAAAGAAUAAUGAGAGUAGCGGAAGUAGAAAAGAAUAUAGAGAAACUCAAAAUAAUCGAUUUUGAAAACAAGUAUCGAUUACCAGGAGAUAAUCACUUCAGUGGCCUUAGGAAUUCAUUAAUAUCUAAAACUGGUUCCUUGUCAUUUCCGAAUUUUCCCAUUGCUUCUGAUUAAAAUCUAAAGCGAGAAAAUUCGUCGAACAUUGAACCAACGAGCUUUAACCUUUGGCCUCUAACUAUUAUCAAUCUUUUCUUAAUUAUACCGCCUUCCAACAAGACAUAAGAACAUUGUGAAUCUAAUAUAUUGAGUGCGAAAAUAUUACAAAAAAAAUACUUGUAGUCAUGUUACAUUUUACUUAAUGGGAUUCACAGUCAAGAAGAAUUUUCCAAAUCCAUAUUUUUAUUUGCAAUUCUUUCUUUUUUCCAUCUCGAAUAAGAGAGUCAAAACAGGACCUGUAAAUACCAAGUAGUAUCAAUUUCAAUCUUUUCUUCUUGCAGUUUAUGUCAAGAAAUAUUUUCAGUUAAAAAAUUAUUAGUCUUAAGUUUACUACCAAAUCAAUUUGUCCAAAAGUUUGAUUUUUUUUUUAUUUUGUAAAAUUGUGACUAGAAAAAUAUUUAGUUUUAUACUUUUUUGAAUAAGUGAUCAAUUGCGUGACUUAAUCUAUUGUUUAUUUAGUAAUUUUUUUUAAUCAAAUCAAUUCGCGGAGGAAUUAAAAAUAUCCAUAUUCGAAAUAGUAAAUUUUGAGUAUGUAUGUUUCUUGCAUUCAGAGAACUAUUAUUACCAAGGAUGUAAAUUUACUAUCAUGGAACAAAGUUACGAAAUCAAUUUUUUUUUACACUUGCGACAAGUAUUCCGAUAUAUUUAAUUACAAGCUUCGUGUUAUUCUGUACAUACCGAUUUUGUUUAUAGUGUACGUUUACACUUUUAGGCAUAAAGAAAAAGAAAUUUUCAAAUCAUAAAA